AGGUUAACGCUAUACAUUUGACUAUUUUUUAAACAAAACCUUUUUGAAAAUUUACGGCGUGUCCCGUUGCCAUGUUCGCAUUAAAGCACCUCGCGCGUUCUCAAUUGAUUCGCGGUCUUGCAAAAGCUAAAAUUACAACGCAGACAACGCGGUUAAUGUGCAAAGCACUACCGACGGCAACAGCGAACGCAGCAGCGGUUGAGGGUCGCACCAACGUACAAAAUGACAGCGCCAAAGCUCUUGAAAGCUAUGGACUACAUGGAUUGGGUCAACCGACCAAUGCAUCGCAUCCACAUCUAAUAAGACCCAACGAGCUGGUACCGGGAGUUACGCUUGCCGAGUUCCAGCAGCGGCGGGCACAACUAAUGCAGAGUAUACAGGCCUAUGCACGCAGUUUUGGCGAUGUAUUCAACGGUCGAGCCGGCAAAACUCAUAUGUUGCUUGUGAGUGGCGCAACCAAGAAAUAUAUGAGUGGAAAAAUACCUUACGUCUUCCGUCAAAGCUCCGAUUUCUAUUAUCUGACUGGCUGCCUGGAGCCGGAUGCAGUGCUGAUGUUAACCAUUGAUGAGUCGUCCAAUGUGGAGUCUACGCUUUUUUUGCGUCCGAAAGAUUCACAUGCCGAGAUGUGGGAUGGCCCGCGCACCGGCCCUGAUUUAGCUGUACGCCAUUUCGGUGUCAAUGAGGCUUACGCCGUCGAUGAGUUCGAAAAAAAUUUAGCGAAACGUUCGAUAAGCCUUAGGCCGCACAUCUGGUUCGAUAUAAUGAGCUCCGAGCUCACCAACGUGAACGAGGAAGUGAUGAAGCUUUGCCAAACCGACCGCGCGCAAAUCCUGCCCUCACACACCUUUCUGCAGGGCAUGCGUCUGUUGAAGUCACCCGCCGAAAUGCAGCUGAUGAGACGCACCUGUGACAUCGCCUCGCAGUCCUUCAACGAAGUCAUGGCGGAUACCCGACCCGGCCAGUCGGAGCAUCAUCUGUUUGCGGCUAUUGACUAUAAAUGCCGAAUGCGCAACGCCAGCUUCCUAGCCUAUCCACCGGUGGUAGCUGCCGGCAAAAACGCUACCGUCAUCCACUAUGUAAACAACACUCAGCUCAUGCAACCUAAGGAGCUGGUGCUGAUGGACGCAGGCUGCGAAUAUGGUGGCUAUACGAGCGAUAUAACCCGCACAUGGCCCGUCAGUGGCGAAUUCACGGACCCGCAGCGCACGCUCUACGAUAUGAUGGCCCAACUGCAGAAGGAGAGCAUUGCGCUUGUAAUGCAGACCGGCGGCGAGACGCUUGAUCAAUUGUUUGAGACAACGUGCUACAAGCUGGGAAAAUAUCUGCAGGAAAUCGGACUGAUAGCGAAAGAUGUGACAGAUUACAAGGAGCUGACCAGACAGGGCUAUAAGUUCUGUCCGCAUCAUGUCUCUCAUUAUCUGGGCAUGGAUGUUCACGACACACCGAAUGUGCCUCGCACCACCCGUUUAGCGUCCGGGAUGGUGUUCACCGUCGAGCCGGGCAUUUAUAUAAGUGAGGCGCGUAAGGAUGUUCCAGCGGAGUUCCGCGGUAUCGGCAUACGCAUUGAGGACGAUUUACUUAUCAACGAACAGGGACAGGUCGAGGUGCUUACAGCCGUCUGCGCUAAAGAACGCCGCACGCUGGAGAACCUCUUUAAGGACAAACGGGCCGAGAACUGAGCCCAGCGGCCAUUAAACACUUGGCGUUCACAAAAUUCCUAGUCACAUAGUUGCUCCUUUCGGUCGCUCAGUACUUUUGAACACUCGACAUUAAUCGCUUGAGAGCCCGCUUGCCUUGGACUCUCAUUCUUAUUAUUCACUUUUUCAUUUUGUUUAAGACAUUGAAAACCGGCAUCGAAACAAAUGACUUUAUUUCUUUAACAUAUUCGUUCAUGUUAUAUAAGCGUUGUAGACCUAAAAGCCCUCAAGAACAUUCUCCAAAAAAAGCCUUUCUUCACUUUCAAAAGUGUAUAGAACUUUAAUGAAUAAAAAAAUGAAAUAAUAAA